UAAAAGGACUGACUCGCAAGGAUUUCCUCGAGUUUCACGUUCGUACGCGAUCGUUUCGAAUUGCGUUUUACGACCAAGUUCCUCCUCGACAGGGACCGCACACAAAAUGAUUUUUGUCUUUCGCUUUGUUUAAAGUUUCGCCGUCCUUUCGAUGGCCAACUUUUUCGACAUGUACUUCGGAGCGACAAAGUGGAGCGACGGUUUAUCGUGUCAGGUGUGUCUCGCCAAAUACAAAAUAUUUGCAGAGUUCAAGCGGCACAUAUCCUCAAAAGAGCAUCAAAAGAAAAUGACCCAAGUAUUUCAGACAGAGGACCACUCAAUUCCUGGCAAGCUCCCCCCCAUCCUUAUUAUGGACCGAAGUAUCCAACUGACCAUACAACAGCCCGUUUUAGGAUUGCAACUGCUGACCGUCUGUUUCAGUAGAGGAGUAGGGAACGUUUUGUACCUGUGCCAUGUCUGUGAGGAAACUGUGCUGGACCACAAGAUAUUGGAACACCUCACCUCCGGUUGCCAUGAAUUCAUCUACUACGUGAGUCGAAGACCGUUUGCACACAAAUGGCCUCGGUCUCAUUUACACCCGUGUAUUUGUCUUCAGAGCUAUGCAGACGCAAAUAUGCUGGAAGUCUCCUGGAUUCCCUGCGAAGAUGUGAGGGUUAAUCCAGGACUGCGAAAAAUGCUAGAGCAUUCAAACGUCAGCGGGGUUGGACCACUUAAGAUGUUAAAUUUGCCGUACAGGCUUGUUUCCCUCUACGAAAAUUAUAGCUACUUCCAAGUGAUGCACGCUCUCACUCUGUAUGACGAGCUUCCCACGCUACUCCAAGUCGAUGUUAAGCCGAAGAAAGUGCCGGUUCAACAGAACCAAGAAGAUCCUCGAAAGAACCAUCUCCCUCUGGAUCCUUCGCAGAAGUCGUACAAAAUCCAUUGUCAGAAUUGCAAACUCCCGUUGGACACACCGGAGCAAUAUUUCCAGCAUGUGCAAAAUAAGAAACACAAAAUGACGGUCCUCUCCAUUCAUGGCAACGUUCACUCGUCGUUUGACACGGAAGGAAUGAAAGACUCUUGCGACCACAGGGCGGCGGCGGCCGAAAGUCAGACACUCGAGCAGCUUCUUUUCGAUCAACUGGACAAGCGUUCAGUGCCAGGCGCGGCCAUGAUGGUGUUGUGUUACAGUUCGGAGUUCGCGUCGGAAGCUGUUUGCAUCUGCUGCGCUUGCCACGAUGCUUUUUCCAAGUCUUUGCUGACAAAACACUUGAAGUCACACAAGCACCUCCUGCAAACACUGUUGCAUCUAAAUCCCUGGCGACUGCCGUUCGGUUGGCAAAAAGUACCGGAACGAAAAUUCUUGAAGGCCAAGGUGGAGGCGGAGGAGAAAGAAAGAGGGUGGACUCAGGUGGUUCUUAAGGUGAUGGAUUUGCCCGGCUCGGUGUUGCGUAGCAUCAUCCCGCCAAGUUACCAGAAAGUGAUGGACAGACUCUCGCGUCGCCAUGUUGUCUUAAAACGCAACGUACCGCCGUGCCAAACCUUCAGCCAACUCCAAGAACACAAGACUUACCCGCUUUUGGGACGCAGUUUCAUGGUGUCGCACGAGUCCUACGACCCGGCUCGCGACGCCACGUACGAUUCCGUGAUGUGUCUGCUGUGUAGAAGGCGGCUGACGGACCAGGAAGGCUACGCUCACGCUUUCAGUUGGGAACACGUCGCCAUGUUUCUCGAACGAUUCCAUCCUGGCUCGUUGAGGCCCCAUUGCGAUACAAAAGAAUUACUGGACCUGGCAACCCAGGCUGCACGUAUUCACAGCGUAUCGCACGUCCAGAAACUGAAGUUGGAAAGGCCCGUUGAGGAACCCUGCGAUUACGUCAAAGUGAAAUUAAUCCUGAGUGCAGCAAAGAGGAGGAACAGCAAAAGUCCCCUUAUGCCCCUCGUCCUACCUCAAGCACCGUUGGUCCCCACAGAAAGUGCGACAGGGGCGACCCCAGGGUACAGUACGAAAAGCAAGAUGGCAACGUCCCCUUCAAGAAAGACUAAUCAAAACCCUGCAAACAGUAGUAGGACCGCCAGCGCCAAAAACACAGCGGACGAGACGGGACAACAAAGGAGCGCCCACGUUCGGGCGUCUGCAAAUGACGAAUGGGAGCGAAAGAGGCCGAGUGCCCCUCAGGAUGACGAGAUCGGCUAUAAAAGACAACGAAGGGACUCCAGGGAGAUCGCAGAGCAUGAAGAAAAGCCCAAGAUAAAAUAUGAGAGUUGGGAUCAAAAGGAGACUGUACCCGUGGCUGCCAGCACUGAAACCACCUCUAAACAAAGCACCCUGUGCACAACAAACACAAAUGUUACCCUUAUGGUUGCAAGCUCUAAAUUCACUGCAACAAAGUCCACCGCAUCUACCGCCAGUUGUACUACAAAGCCCAGGAUAGCGACAACCUCCGGUAGCACAAAAUCCCGCGUUACAGCAGCCUUCUGCGGCGCACCUGUAUUGGCAGACAAGUCGAUGGCUCCCUCUGCCAGUACGGCGCAAUGCUGUAGAGUUACAGAAACAUACUCUAGUGUCACAUCAACCACCGCAAAGUCUAUAGCACCUACUGUCAGUACCACAAAAGCCUGCAAAGUUAUAGCAACGUCCUCCAGUGCAACUUCAACCACCCAAAGGUCAACUGCAUCUGCUACCAGUUGUACUACAACAUCCGCAAGAGUUACAGCAAGCCCCACCAAGUCCACAGUACCGACCAUCAUUUAUGGUCCUACAGCUUGUACGUUUGCUGCACCUUCAACUCUCACCCAGCCCACGGAAACUACCGCCGUCCGCGAUGCUAAAAUCUCUACUUUGACCACGCCUGCAGCCGCUACGAAGCCCACAGCAACUCCUGUCAUACGCGGUGCUCGAACCUCUACAGUCAUCCGUGGUGCGACCGCCACCAAGCCCACAACGCCCAAUGCCAUACAUGGAGCAACAACCUCUAGGUUUACCUCAACUGCCGAGUCGACCACACCUGUCGCACGUUGUCUGGGCUCUGCUUCCAAGUCUACAGCACCAAUCUCACACCCCAAAACUUCUUUCCCAGCGUUAUCAGUGCGGCACAAAGCACCCAAAGAGAGAACUGAAAGAGAGAGACGCUCGAGCGGGACGUCCAGGACGAACCCGGAGUCUGCAUUGAAAGCGCCGGUCCCGUCUCGCGCCGGGCUGGCCACUGCAGCAGUGGCACCACCUAAAUGCAGAAAAUCGGAAUCUUCUGCCAAGAAAGUGAACAACACAUGGGGGUCCCGUGACGAUGCAGAACCACGGGCUGAAGUCAGACGCGCAACCACAACAGCCAAGCUAUCGCAUAGCAGAACUAAGCUGAGUUUUUUGAAAGUUGGCCUAAGCUUUAUAGUUGCAGUUAACAGCAACGGGCGGAAGCAGUCCUACUGCACUCUGUGCCGAAUAAGAUUGGAAUGUUCCAGUCACCUUACGGAAAACAUUCACCUAUACAACUAUAUGAAACGGAGGUUCCCAGAAUUGAAUGACAAGCAGUUGACACGCAUCAACCAAAAGAAGUUUACUUUUAGCAUGACUGAGGUGGAGAAGUGUUUGGGACUUCGGAACAUCCAGACAAUAGAAGUGACCAACGAUGAGUACAAGGAGCUGUCGGAUCUUCCAGAAGACCGAGCUUUACAGAGAUUGGAGACUCACUUCCUGGUUUUAUCCAACACUUUGGUGCCUUUAGGACAUGUUUCCCCCACCUCCUUGCAAGGACUAUCGAGCCCGGAUGAUGAAUUUGAUCCAGAGACCCAUGCGAGAACUGCCGCCGGUCCAACUACCGAGCCAGAGGCCACUGUUCACAGUAUCCAUGGAUACAAAUGUGGCAAAGAGGCAUGCGAGCAGCAGGAGAUUGAUGAUGGCGCUUUAAAGUUCGCAGAGGACAAUCUGGAUGAUUUUGAGGAGCCCUUAAGUUCAGUGUCAUUUGGCCCAGACCCGCAAAUUGAUGAUCCAGGUUUAAAGGACGCCGAGAAGAAUGUGGAAGGCUCUGACGAGCCCUUGCAUUCGGUGUUGUUGGGACCAGUGCUGAAGUUUGGUGAUCCAGGUUCACAGGACAAUAAGGAGAAUCUGUCUGGCUUCAAUGAGCCCUCACCAGCAGUGUCGUUGGGUCCAGAACCACACUUUCGUGAUCCAUGCUUAAAUGAUGUUGAGGUGAAUCUGGAAGGCUCCGAUUGUCCCUCACCUUCAGAGCUGUUGGGACCAGAGCCACAGUUUGGUAAACCAGGUUUAAAGCAAGGUGGUGAGGAUCUGGAAGGCUGUAAUAGGUCCUCGUUGGGACCUGACCUGGGUCCUGCGUCGCUGAACGCAGAACCACAGAGUCCGGUUGUAAGGUGCUCGAAUGAUGGAUGGUCCAGUCUGCAUAAGGUGCCAAUAGAUGCAGGAUCUAACUGCGGGCAUAGUGCUUCCCAGGCGCCCAUCCGUUCCGGAAGCGCAAGUAACUUGACCACGUUUUUGUGGGUGAAGGGACCCUCCAACCAGCCAGUCGUAGGUCUAGUGUCUGUGUACGAGUGCCAUGGGACGUCUGGAAACUCGUUCUACUUGUGUCAGAGCUGCAGCCAGAAACUCAUUGUCGGUGAAAUCUGCCAGCACAUGGUUAGCGUGACGCAUCGGCUCGCGUACAUGUUAAGAGUAUAUCCUCAAUAUAUGGAUGCAUUUUGGUACGAGGAGGACAUCGGAGAGGAGAUGAAACUAGAACUCCUCCGUGAUGUCGCGAUUAAUAUCGCGGCACAGGAGCGUUCCAAAAAGAUGGACGCAAAGGUUAUAGACCUCUCUCAGGACAUGUACGAGUACAUUUGGAACGCUCCAUUUGGAGAAGCUCUCGAUGUGCUGCAGAGUGCCACCAGACAGCCUGUCAUCGAAUCACAACAAACUGCAAGCCAAACAUCUGAGAAGCAGAAUGGACAUGAGAUGGACUUGUGUGUGGACUCAGAUGCUGAUUCUGUUCCUUCUACCUCUUCAGCUAGAACGAAUCUCAGUUCACAAGAGAAUCGUAAAAGCUCUCAUAUUCCACCAGAACUGCCAAUUUCGGGAGUUUUCUCCAGGACACCGCCUGUCUUCAAAGUGAAGCGUGAACCGAUGUUCUUGGAGUCCAAACCUCCUGAAAGUCCUGGUCCCACCUGUGAGGAGCAGGCUAGUUUACAAGUGAAGGCUGAGCUAAUGCCUCAAGAGUCUGUUACUGCUCAAGCCAUUUCUGAGGAGCAGCGUAGUUCUCAAGUGAAGGCUGAGCUGAUACCCUCAGAAUGCAGACCUGCUGAAACCUUUGUUUCUGUCACCAAGACUCCCCCUGUUUUUCAAGUGAAGAGUGAACCGAUGUUCUUGGAGUCCAAACCUCCUGAAAGUCCUGGUCCCACCUGUGAGGAGCAGGCUAGUUUACAAGUGAAGACUGAGCUAAUGCCUCAAGAGUCUGUUACCGCUAAAGCCAUUUCUGAGGAACAGCGUAGUUCUCAAGUGAAGGCUGAGCUUAUCCCUCCCGAGUCUGGAUCUGGUGCAACUGCUGCCAAGCCUAAUUUUCAAGUCGAGGCAGAGCUGAUGCUUCCAGAAUCUAAAUCUCCAGAAAAUGCUGGUCCCAUUUCUGAGGAGCCACAUAGUUUUCAUGUAAAGGCUGAACUCUUGCCACAAAAGUAUGGACCUCCUGAAAGUCUUGGUCCCAUUUCUAAGGAGCAGGCUAGUUUUCAAGUGAAGGCUGAACUAAAGCCAGAAGAGUCCGGAUCUCCUGAAACUGCUGGUCGCGUUCCUGAGGCGCAACCUAGUUGUCAAGUAAACACCGAACUACUGCCUCAGAAUUCCAGAUCUCCUGAAAGUGCUGGUACAAUUCUUGAGAAGCAGCCAGGUUAUCACGUAAAUGCUGAACUGACAUUUUCUGAAUGCAGUUCUCCCGUGACUACAACCAUGUUGAAAACGCCACAGAUUUGUCAGGUGAAAGAUGAAGUGGUUCCCUUGGGUUGCGGAUCUCCUGUAUUUGCAGGUCCAGGCACAGAGACAUUGCCUAGUUCAAAAGUCAAAGCUGAAACUCUGUUCUUGGAGGCCAGACCUGCUGUAAGUAAUGUAUCCAUCUCCAAAACUCAACAAAGUUCUCAAGUGAAGGAUGAUCGGAUGCGCUCCGAGUCCAGAACUCUUGUAACCGCUACUCCAGUCACGAAGAUGUCAUCGACUUUUCAGGUAAAAGAACAGGCGCACUCUGAAGGUGUUGCUCGUGUAACGACCAGUCCAACAAUUCGUCAAGAUGAAUACCUUCCCACCAGAAAAAGAGAAUCUCUUGAGUCUGUGGACGAACUAAUCAGGAUUUGCACCAGUAAGACCCACCUCUGUGAUCCUCGACCGGCCAAAUGGAGACUCAAGUCAUUGAGAGCCAAGUUGGACAAGUCUCCUGAUGUUAACCCUCCACUGAUCCCAGGGGAACCGGCUCCUGUUGACCAAGGUGCCUCUGUGGUAGAAAACAGGAAACUCUGA